AUGUUUCAGUCUGCGCGUCGCUCCGCCUACACUCCACCUCACCUUGCGCACCGCUCCGCCUCCGCCGUGAUGCCUCCCAGCCGCUGCUCGAGCUCCGGCUACCGUGGUGUGCGCGCGCAUCUGAACGGGAAGUUCUACGCCGAGAUCCGUAGCCGUGAGGAGCGCAUCGGGCUCGACAUGUUCGAGAUGGCGCACGAGGCGGCGCACGCGUACGGCGCGGUCGUCUGGCGCCUCGGCCAUUCUCGGCGGUCGGUGAACUUCUCGGAUGUUUGGAUGCGGCAGCAGGUGGAAGACCUUGCGCCACCGCCGCAGGCCAUCACACAGGAGGCGAGGCAGUGGCAGCGUGAGCUCGAAUGGCACCUCCUUGUCACUGAGCGGGACAAGCGCAUGCACCUCGAAUGGGCGUGGUGCUUCCCGGAGGACGUGACCACAGAGGUUGCCUUCUAUGCCGAGAAGGAAGAGCAGAAGUGA